CCAGCUAAAUUAGAAGACGCCAAAGCUAAAUUGAGGGAGGCAGAGGAUGACUUGGUUAAAGCCCUGGGAGUGAAGACUCGCAAAGAGGCCAAGCGUAUGGCUCUGAUGGAUGCUAUUGAUUCUGCAAAGACUAGAGUUGAAGAUCUUAAGAGUAGUGUUCAGGAGCAAAGAACCAAGAAUUGUGAAUAUGCUGCAAUAUUAUCUGAGCAUUCUCCUGAUUCUGAAGGGACAAUGAAUGGAAGCACUGAACGAAAAGAUGAAAUUCUGGAGGCCAUCUCAUGGUACAAUACAGUCCUUGGAUUCCAUGUUGAAGGCGGACAUGGGGUGAAGUUUACCUUCAAGAGUAUCAAUGUGAACAAUCCCAAUGAGGAGUGUUUUUUUACCAUCCGUCAUGAAAAUGAUACUUACACGUUAUUGAACUGUGAACCCCCCGUCAAAGGAACCAAAGAGUUGAUUCAUGAAUUAAACAAGACAAAUGGGCUAUUUAAAUAUGUCAGAGUUAUGAGGAGGAAGUUUCAAGAAGCAGUUGCACAGGGGAGUGUAGCAUCCUUAAAUAGUGAACAUCAAGAGUCUGCUAUCAUCUCUACAUCUGCUCCAGAUCUAUCUAUAUCAUCCUUCAGGAGUGAUUCCCCGACCAAGAAAAAUGAGAAUCAAGUUCAACCUAUGAAAGGUGAGAGACCUACCAAGAAACAAACCCUCGGAAGACGGGUAACAUCUGCUGCAUUGUCUCCUGGAUCUGCCUCAUCAGUUCGCCAGUCUCCUCGUUUGAGGGCUAGGAAAUAAAGUCAAGUGCAGGCUGUUUGGCUACCCCUACAUUGUUGGAUGAGAAACGCUGAGUCUUGUAGGGCUCAUGCAGUCAUAACUCAUGACUCAGGCUGCUAAACAAGUUGACAUGUGAUUGAAGACACAGGCAUUGUAGAUGGCUGAACCCAUAUCUAAGAUAUACUAAGGGCUUCGCAAAAUGUGUAUUGUAACUUGAUAUCGUAUGAGGACAUAACCUUUUUCUGUGUGUGGCCCUUCUGUAUUUUUCCAUCUAUUUUUUAUUCUCAUUUCUUAUUUGGUUUUUUUAACAGCUCUUCAGUUAAUCAUGCUUUUGUUUGACGAUGUAAAUAGAGCAGUGGAUAUAAAAUAGAUCUUCAUCACCCCCCACCCUGGGGUUUUAAUCUAAA